AUGACCUGCAUCGCGACCGGGUAUGUCGUCAAGACGAAGACCUGGUACCCCAACUUGCGCAUCUAUCUCAGCCCGUGGUAUAGGCGCGAGCACAGUGGCGCGGCCGAGACGUUCGAGCUCCACCAGAUGGAAGACUCUACCCCGGCGGAGCUGGUGCAGACGAGGUAUCGAUCGCUCUCGCUGUGUCAGCGCAUCAAGGGCGGGAGGAUUGACAGACAUCUUUUGAUCUUGUCCGCCAUCUUGUAUAUUGCGAUGGAGCUGGUCACGCUUAUUAUUUCCCUGCUGAAGCUGCUCCAGGAUUUGUCCACUGUGUCCCCGAUGGAAAGCGUUUUUGUUGACGUCAAUGAUUGUAUUGAGGCGAGGAAUUGCCCGAUUCGCGUCUCGGAUGUAGCGAGUGAGUAUUUGCUGCACUUCCGACUUCCGUACUGUUGA